GCGUGUAAUCUUCCAUUGAAUUUCGAUCCAUCGGAGCCUGAACUUUGUUCGGAACUAAUUGCUUUUUGUAUUCGCGGGCGGCAAGUGUCCCCUUAAGCUGCCAACGUUAUGUGAUUUCCGACUAGUGUCCAGUGUGCGGUGGAUUCCCCCGGAAGUAGUGAAACUAGUUUUUUUUUGCUUCUGCCAAUAUGAUAGUUUCAUCAUCCUCAUCGUGCUGAGCUGUGUCCCUCUUUCUGCACCUAAUGGCCUCCGACGACAAAGUGCUCGACGCAACACGAGAAGGCUAAAAAACGUGAAGCGAAAGAAAAUAUUAACAACCGCGUAUGAGGAAAAAAAGUCGACGCAAAAAGCGAAAAAGGCAGCACAAGUACUGUCCAUCAGUUUACUGGUUUUGAUUACGAUUUUGUUUUUAUAUGCCGUGGUUUUUAGUACGGAACGCCGAAUAAGUUCACCAACGAAAAGUGAAAUUUUUGUUCAACUCUGAGCGAUUCCCGAACCGUGGCUCCUUCGGAAUGUGUGCGUCCGAUGGGGACGAUUGCUGAAGCAACAAUCCUGUUAUUUUUCUUUUAACUGAUAACCGGAAGAAGCCGCGAUUAAUGGUCAGAAAAUUUCUGGAUGGAGCUUGUUUAAGCCGAUUUAGUGAUACGAGGAGAUUGGGAAUCAGCUGUUAUUUGUUUGGCGAAUGCCGAAACGUGCCAGCCUUUGGCUAGGUCGUGACGGGCAACUUUAAGCCUGAGGAUUUUCCGCAACUGAAUCAAUUGGAUUACGAUUUAUUUAAGAGAAAAAACAAAACCAUGUGGAGCAAUAGUAAUGGGUCCGCUGGUGGUGGCGGUGGGACCAACAACUCCCAGGCCAACAAUAAAACGCUGGGAAUGACUUCGGCCAUCAGUUUGGCAGAACCGAAACCGGAAGAUCUGCAGAAAACAGCCGAGCUGGGAAAGGCUCUCGAGCCGUACAACGUGUUCGAGGAGGAAUCGGAACUGAAUCACCGGAUGGAGAUUCUGGCCAAGCUGAACACCCUGGUCAAGCAGUGGGUUCGUGAUGUGUCGAUCGCCAAAAACAUGCCCGAGGCCGUGGCGGAGAAGUUGGGUGGAAAGAUAUAUACGUUCGGCUCGUACCGGUUGGGCGUUCACCACAAGGGAGCGGAUAUUGACGCGCUCUGCGUCGCACCGCGUAACAUCGAACGGGCCGACUAUUUUGGAUCGUUCUUUGAACUGCUCAAAAAGCAACCGGAGGUGACCGAGUGCCGCGCCGUGGAAGAGGCUUUUGUACCUGUUAUUAAGAUGAAUUUUGACGGAAUCGAGAUUGAUUUGUUGUUCGCUCGAUUGGCGCUGAAAGAAAUUCCGGAUAAUUUCGAUUUGCGGGAUGAUAUGCUGUUGAAAAAUUUGGACCCGAAAUCGGUGCGCAGCCUGAACGGGUGCCGAGUAACAGAUGAAAUUCUGCGAUUGGUUCCCAACAUCGACAAUUUUCGUUUGGCACUGCGUGCCAUCAAGCUGUGGGCUAAAAAACAUGGUAUCUAUUCCAAUUCCUUGGGUUACUUCGGAGGUGUAUCGUGGGCUAUGCUGGUGGCUAGAACCUGUCAACUCUACCCGAACGCAGUAGCUGCCACGUUGGUGCAUAAAUUUUUCUUAGUGUUCUCCCGCUGGAAGUGGCCCCAGCCAGUGCUACUCAAGCAGCCCGAUAACGUUAACCUUGGCUUCCAGGUGUGGGAUCCACGGGUGAACUAUCAGGAUCGACUCCAUUUGAUGCCGAUUAUCACGCCAGCGUAUCCGCAGCAAAACUCCACAUUCAACGUGUCCAGCUCGACACGAAAAGUGAUGUUGAACGAGUUCAACCGGGGCAUGCAGAUCACGGAUGAGAUCAUGCUCAACAAAGCCGGCUGGGAUAAAUUGUUCGAGGCGCCAAGUUUCUUCUUCAAGUAUCGUCACUUCAUUGUCCUGCUGGUGACUUCCAACAACGCAGAUGAUCACUUGGAGUGGUGUGGAUUGGUCGAGUCUAAGAUCCGUUAUCUGAUUUUGAAUUUGGAGCGUAAUCUGCACAUCAAUCUGGCCCACGUGAACCCAAAGUGUUUCGAGCAACACGAACACACUCCAAAGGAGCCGAAAGAAACCGACGAAGAGGUCAAACCGGUGCAGCUGUGUGCACUGUGGUUUAUCGGGUUGGAGUUUGAGAGGUCUGAAAAUUUAAAUGUUGAUUUGACCGAGAGCAUCCAGAGUUUUACUGAUGCAGUACACAAACAUGCUGUACAUAUAAAGCUGCUCAAGGACGGGAUGAAGAUCGAAGCCCGGCACGUCCGCCGAAAGCAAUUGAGUCAAUAUUUGGACCCUAAUCUGCUGAAGCGGGAGCGAAAAAAUUCAGACUCAGGCGUGGUACUCGCCCUAACGGCAUUAACACCGGGUGGCGGAGUCACCACCUCUCGGAAGCGUCACUCGUCCGAGAUGGGACAAACGGCUAACACGUUGAUAAACAAGAAAGGAAGGAACGAUUCCUUUGAGCACUGCUUGUCCAACUCGUCCUCGCAGUCGUCACAAUCUUCGGUGGCGGUAUCGGCGUCAUCGCCAAACAGCACUUCGGCAGCGGCCCUGAACAAUAGCAGUAGUAGUAGUGGCGCCAACAACAGCAUCUCUAGUACUAGUAAUAAUAGCACUGCCCCCGUCGCUGCUGAACCAGUCUAUAACCACCUGAACGAUAGCACUGCCAGCAGUCACGACAACAGCAACACUGUGGUAACUUUGGACGAGUCCUCGUCGGAAACGACCAGCGGCCAGUCGCAGAGUCAGCCGCAACUUCAACCCCCACAGCCACCGCAGCAGGCCGCUGCCGAAGUCGUUUGCUCAUGACCGCUGAAUCCGUUCCGAAAGGUGAACAAUUGCCACCAGCAUCCUUCACAUCCACACCAGCACCCAAACAACAACAACCAGCAACACAGCGGCUAUGGCUACGUUGCGAACAGUUCUAGUAGUAAUAAUAGUAGUAGUAAGAUGACGAUUGAUCCUAGCGCCAACGGAAACGGAAGCUAUGCGAGCGCGAGCCGAAUGCAGUUAGCUGAAGUCAAAUCAUCAUAAAGUGACUGUAAAUCUUCAAGCAGGACACUUCAACUUAUCAGGUUCCGUUUCUUUAAAUAACACACGCAUUAACAGAACACAGUUCCCCCUUGCAACGUUGAAACAGCGUCCCACAGACGCGAUCAAUUGAUUAACCUUCGGGUGAGGUAAGCGAAAAAGAAAGUUGUAAAAAUUACUGAUCGAAAGUGCAAGGGCAGUGUAGCAAAGGUAGCAAGCAAACAGGAAAAUGAAACGCGACACAGAGCAAGAAAUUUUAUUAAAUCUCAUUGAAGAGUAGAACUAAAAAUUUGUGACAAAAAAAAAAAAAAACAAGAACAAACCUAUGAUGGUUGGAUGGACGGUGACUAGGAGGAGAAGUAGAGGAAAGAAUAGAACAUUGAUCAAAGAGUAAACUAUCCUUAUACACUAUUGAAAGCUAAACAUUCUGUACAUAGUAAAACUCAAAACUCAACUUUAGAGCAACUCUGCUAGAAUUGUCAGGAGUUCAUUUAUAAGUGGAUAAGACUUAAAUUACAACACUAUUUAUAUACGCGAGGAGGGAGGAGUCUGUUUCGUUUUCGAGUAAGAUAAUUUUCAUUUAAAAAAGCACUUAGACGGCACAGCUAUACGACGAUAUAAACUGGUAGUUUUUUUUUUGUUUGUUUCUGCAACAUAGCAAAACAAACACAGCAACGAUCGACCGCUUGUUAUUUUCUCAUUUUUAUAUAAACAAGAGAAAAGUAACAAACUAUCCGUUAUUUUCGCAAACCGCCGAUAACCACUUCGAUUUAGUUACUAGUAGCAGUAGUAGUAGUAGUUGUAGUGAACGACCAACGUCCCGAUCCCUCCCAUCUUUAUUUCCCUUCAGGUGCCCCCAUUUUGAUCGAGUAAAAGUGCAAUCAUCAAAAUAUUAAAGCAAAAAAAAUGUUGAAAUUAAAACUCAAGGGUGAAUAUUCGAUUUGUUUGAAAAAAUGUAUAACCAUUUUAGUUCAUAGCUUUCGGAAGGAAACUGUCCAGCGACAGAUCGAUGUGUAGACUAUUGUUAGUGGCUGUUUCGAUUAGCAAAAGUCCCUUUAUAUUUCCCCUAUUUCCAACGUUAAAUAACAACUAUAUUCGCUAUAAGGAUUUUCCCACUUGAUAGGGAAAUGAGGAGGCAGGUAUGCAAAAUAAUAUGAUUAAUUAUUGACAUGAAACAAAGCAAAACGAAAAAAACCGUUUUUAUAACUUUUUCUCGAUUCUGUAAAUACUUUUUUCCAUUGCUUUGAAAAUGUGCUAAGCAGUAACUAAACACAGACGUAUAUUAAAAGGUAAAACUUCAAUUGGGCCACCCGUAGCGGUGUGCCUUUUUUGUCAGGAGGUAACGAAAGAAGUAGGAGGGCAAAUUUAUGUAACUGAACUUAUAUUAUUUUACUUAAAUCAGCUAGAACAGAACACGAUCGUACAUGCGCUAGGGAAAGAAUAUUAAAAACAAAAAAACAUUUUAAAAGGAUUUUAUUUUUAUAAAAUAACAUCCACACAACGUGUAACGAAGAUGUAAUUCCUCUUGUACUAAAAAAAAUGUCAUAAACAAAAUAAAGGUGAAGUGAUUGGAAACAAAGCCUAUGAUUAUAUCUAUUGCAUAAAAUAUGAAGAUACAUUUCAGCAGAAGUUUAUUAUACAAAUGGUGGAAAAUUAAAGAAAACUCUCUUAAAUUGUUCUGAUAUUCAUUCGAGCAUUAUAUUGAACGGAAACGGAAAGUGAUAAAGAAAAAAAAUAUCCAGCAGAAAAAAAAACAAAAAAUAAGCAGUGUCAUUGAUUAAAUAAAUCGUUUCGAAACUCUCUCAACUGUACGUUAAAAUUACACAGAAUAUGUGAAUAGUUCCACUUGAACCUCUUGGUGCGCGUUUCAUUGACAUCGCAGAGACCGUCUUUCCGGGAAAGGCUUCGUAUUGGUGAGUAGGUCGUAAGCAAAAAAAAAAAUGAAAAAUAAAAAAAAACAGUAAAUAAAAACGACCUUCCCCAGUCGAACCUUUCCAGGAGUAGAAAAUUUCGAUAGGAAAUUGUAGCAGCUAGAUCACAGGAGAACAGGAGAAGCAGAGAAACUUUGUGUAAGAUUCGAUGUAACGCAAACAAAACAUUUCGGAGAAAGUUUCAAUAAAGGCAUAUUUAUCCACGUUUCGACAGAAAGAACA